UGGCGCUUUAUCAAAGAGAAAUUUUCGUUUUACAAACCUUUAAAGUUUAAGUUUACGUGAUAUUUUACUUUUAGCUGUGUUUUAAAGUGAUAAUAAUAUUACGAUAUUAUUAAUAAUAUGUACAAUUUGAUAGUGCUGUAAUUUAAGCUAAUGAUAAGUAUGACAUCUUGUCCAUCUACAGAUAGAAACGUCAAAUUAAACGAUCGUGGCGUACAUAAUAGUGUAAACCACAAGUUUGACACCGAGGUCAGUGAGUGUGAUUUUGAAGAAGGUCAUUAUGCUCGAAAAUUGACUGCGGAGGAGGUUUACAAGUUAAGUAAAGACACUCAGAUCGUGAAUGAUUUCAAACAGAAGAAACUAGAAAAAGAAGCAAAGAAAAAUUGGGAUUUAUUUUAUAAGAGAAAUGAAACGAAAUUUUUCAAAGAUAGACACUGGACAACCCGUGAAUUUGAAGAAUUGACGUCUCAUUAUCGCAUUCAUAAUAAAAUUCAGGAUAACCAAGAGAAGAAGCUUAUUUUAUUAGAAGUAGGAUGUGGAGUGGGCAACCUGAUAUUUCCUCUUAUAGAAGAAAAAACAAAUAUGUUCAUUUAUGCUUGUGAUUUUUCUCCUAGAGCUAUACAGUAUUUAAAAGACCACCAUUCUUAUGAUGAUACUAAAUGCUUUGCAUUUUUAUGUGAUCUCACACAAGACAACCUGGCAGCCACUAUAGCCCCCAGUUCUGUUGAUUUUGUGUCGAUGGUAUUUGUUCUAUCUGCAGUUCAUCCAGAGAAAAUGAAGGCUGUUCUGACAAAUGUACAUCAGGUUUUGAAGCCAGGUGGUUUGGUUUUGUUUCGAGAUUAUGGAUUGUAUGACCAAGCUAUGCUUAGGUUUUCUCCAGGACACAAGUUAUCGGAGAACUUUUAUGUGAGGCAGGAUGGAACUCGAGCUUUUUAUUUUUCUGAAGAGUAUUUGUCCAUGUUAUUUAAAAGUGCUGGCUAUGAGGUGGUGGCCAACAAAUAUGUAACCAGAGAGACGGUCAACAAGAAGGAAGGUGUUUGUGUGCCUCGAAUUUUCAUCCAAGGAAAAUUUUGCAAAUUGUUAUCCCAGUAGUUUUAGAAUGCAUGAUUGAAUUUUAACAGACAAUGACAAAGAAUGUAUAUGAAAUCAAUUUUUAUAUAUUAAUAAAAUUGCCCAUGAUUA